UCCACCGGGAGGAUCUGACUGGAAAAGCCUCUGGAAUAAUAACCAUAAUAACACCAAUACUACUCUGCUAUUAACGAUGGAACCGAAUUUAUAUGGAGCCGGCAUUGGUCAGGAGUGUGUGGAGGGGCAGGCUGGCUCUCCGGGCCGGUGUAUUUAAAGCCAGCUGCUCGGUAUGGAGAUCCGCUGGAUGUUUGCCGACUUUCUCCCACACCUCGCAGCUGAAGGACGGAAACUCGCGUUCCUGUAGCUUUUGUUGUUUGUUUUCUCCGACACUCGGACCUGCCGUGUUUCCACUGAGAAGCGAGUGACUGUCUGUGCCUUCCUGCCCAGCGGCUAACCCUAACCCUGGGCUCCCGGUCCUCCCCGCUGCCUGCCGCCUCCUCUCGGGUUUAUAACCGCGUCGUAACCACGAUGCCCCGCCGCCGCCGCAGCUAGCCGCCCGGGGGACAUGUGCGGUGCCAGACUCUAGCCAAGUGUUUUAUCCGUUUUUAUCAACUUUAUUUCACCCAAGAUGAAGUCGUCUCUGGCUCCCGGCAUACAGCUCAUCACGUCUUUUUCACGAGAUAGUUGGUAUCGAGGCUUCACGCUUUUCCUCACCUUCCUCUUUUACACGGCCUACCAUCUUUCACGGAAACCCAUCAGCAUUGUUAAGAGCGAGCUCCACAGAAACUGCUCCACGGUCAUUCGUCCAGCAGACCUCAACAUAACCGACAAUGCUACGUGGUGCGACUGGGCCCCCUUCGACCAAGACAACUACAAGACUUUGUUUGGGGUCUUGGAUAACUGCUUCCUUGUGGCUUACGCCAUCGGCAUGUUCUUCAGUGGGAUAUUUGGAGAGCGCCUGCCGCUGCGGUACUACCUGAGCGCCGGGAUGCUGCUCAGUGGUUUGUUCACGUGUCUGUUCGGCUUUGGUUACUACUGGAACAUCCACUCCAUAUGGUACUACGGCUUCGUCCAGGCCAUGAACGGGCUGAUGCAGACCACUGGGUGGCCGGCAGUGGUGGCCUGUGUCGGCAACUGGUUUGGAAAGGGGAAGCGAGGCUUCAUCAUGGGCGUCUGGAACUCACACACCUCCGUGGGAAACAUCCUGGGCUCCCUCAUCGCGGGGGUCUUCGUCUCGUCGGCCUGGGGAAUGUCCUUCAUUGUCCCCGGCAUCAUCAUUGCCUCCACUGGGAUCCUGUGUUUCUUCUUCCUGGUUGAAAAACCAGAGGAUGUCAACUGCACCCCCCCUCAGCACCACAGCGAACAGGAGAGUGGGGAGAAGGAGCCUCUCCUGCACAGCUCGUCCAGCAGUGAGAGGAUCUUCAGCGGCUCCUCUGCCAUCUCCAGCGAGCCUGCAGAAGCUGCUGAGGAUCACACCGAGGCCAUCAGCUUCUGCGGGGCUCUCAGCAUACCUGGUGUGGUGGAGUUCUCCCUCUGUCUGCUGUUUGCCAAGCUGGUCAGCUACACCUUCCUGUACUGGCUGCCUCUCUACAUCUCAAACGUCGCACAUUUUGAGGCCAAAGAGGCUGGAGACAUGUCAACGCUGUUUGAUGUAGGAGGCAUCAUGGGAGGCAUCAUGGCUGGCUUGGUGUCAGACUACACCGGCGGCAGAGCGACCACUUGUGGUGUCAUGUUACUUGCUGCUGCUCCGAUGCUUUUCCUUUAUAAUUACAUUGGGCAAAGGAGCAUCGGGACAACAAUUGGGAUGCUGCUUCUGUGUGGAGGCCUGGUGAACGGACCGUACGCCCUCAUCACCACCGCUGUUUCUGCCGACCUCGGAACACACGAGAGUCUGAGAGGAAAUGCCAGAGCGCUGUCAACAGUGACAGCGAUUAUUGAUGGCACCGGCUCAAUAGGAGCGGCUCUGGGUCCUCUGCUGGCCGGCCUCAUCUCACCGAGCGGCUGGAACAACGUCUUCUACAUGCUCAUCUCUGCUGACGUCUUGGCAUGCCUGUUCCUGUCCCGGCUGGUUUACAAGGAGGUGAAGGGCUGGUGUGGACGAGCCCCUCGACAGAGAGGGUUCAAAGAAAUCUGACGUGGACACAAAAAGGGAAAGAGGGAGCAACGGCCGACCUGCAGUCACCGUCCUGUGAGAAACAUCCUGACCGGGGGAUUCUGAAGACGGAGUCCUCACCCGUUCUGUGCACCGGAGAGAAACACGAUAAUGCCUUUAUAGGAUGAAAACUGACCAAUCCACCAGCUCACUUGUGUCUUAAUAUUCUUUUAUCAUUAAAGUGUAUAUACAGUGCAUUUUCUCAAAUUUGUCUUUGUCUCUGUGCUGCCAAAUUC